AGCAGCGUUAGUGCGUUUGCGCGGUCAGAGGUGACAGGCUCCACAGUGCUGGAAUAGUGCAGUGGCUAAAGCUAACCGCUAACAGCGUAUGUAGCUACAUGUGGUGGGUAAAAACGGGAGGCAUCCCUCACCCUAACUCCGCCAAUUUCCCUCCUUUUCACCCCAAACAACUGUCAAAUUCAUCCUCGACGAAAAUAAGGAAUAAUAUCUGUUUACAAUGAAAGGUAGCCGGAUCGAGCUGGGGGAUGUUACGCCCCACAACAUUAAACAGCUAAAACGCCUGAACCAAGUCAUCUUCCCUGUCAGCUACAACGACAAGUUUUACAAAGAUGUUCUGGAAGUAGGCGAGCUAGCAAAGCUAGCAUACUUCAAUGACAUUGCAGUUGGUGCUGUGUGCUGCAGAGUAGACCACUCUCAGAACCAGAAGAGACUCUACAUCAUGACACUUGGUUGUCUAGCACCCUACCGCAGACUUGGAAUUGGUACAAAGAUGCUUAAUCAUGUGCUAAACAUCUGUGAGAAGGAUGGCACCUUUGACAAUAUUUACCUUCAUGUGCAGAUCAGCAACGAGUCGGCCAUCGACUUUUACCAGAAGUUUGGCUUUGAGAUCAUCGAAACAAAAAAGAAUUACUACAAGAGGAUAGAGCCUGCAGAUGCCCAUGUGUUGCAGAAGAGUCUGCGUAGCCCAUGUGCACCACCCAGCGGAGAGCUUCAGAAGGUGGAGUAGUGGCACAUGGAGGACAGAGCACAGAUGUGCUCCCCUACACAGAAACAGAACUGUGGCAAAUGCCCUGGGAUCGACCUGUUCAACACUUUCUUCAAAGGACGCUAAAAAGAAAACAAUUUAAAGUUACAAAAAAAUGCUGCAUUUAUUUUGCAAAGGGAUUACCCUUUGAUUUUGCAUAUUUUAUUGCUCCCUUUUUCUCAUUCCGGUAUUUAAAAAAAAAAAGUUUCCAAAAGGGUUUCUAUUGACAACUUUACCAACUUCAGACAGUUUUAGUCAUGGUAAAGAUGGAGGUUGUGGUGUUUGCAAAUGAUGCUGUUUGUGUUUGAGUUGUUUUUAUGCGGUUAUUCGAGCUAAUGGGAUAUAUCUAUACUGUGGAGCAAAUAAAAAAUAAUAGUUGGUUUGAAACAGUUAAAAAGUGCUUAAAAGAUCAUCACUGACACUGAAUCCCAGCUGGUCAGUGAGUGAGUGGGAUACUUUAAGCCAACAUUGUGGAAAAGUAACCACCCUCUGCCCGGCCACCUGAACAAAUGGAAUCUAUGAGAAACCAUUCCUAUCAGUGUACUGCUACGUCUGGUCCUGUAGGGGGAAAGCAGAAAUGCACCCCUUAUUAUGGACUAGAGGAAGGCUGAACUGUUUUAGGGAAGUGGUGGGAGGUUUUGGUCGCCAGUCAUGUCUGAAUAACUAUUUUCCAGCCUUUUAAUUUAAAUCCCCUUCAACUGUUUCUGUUAAAAACAAUUUUACACCAAGAAGGCAAAGGUUCAGAGGUUCUUCUGGGUUUACUGCCAAGAGGGAAAAAUAUAAAUGAAAGAAACACAAUAUUGCAAUGAAUGUGUACAAUAUCUUGUAAUGAAUGUCUGAAUUAUAACAGGCUGGCUGUUUUGGAUUUGAUUUGGGCUUUACUUUCUGUGGCAGACAAGGGUGUGAAGUAUUUUGAGACACCUGUCAGAACCACCUUGCUAAAAUUGUAUUCUCAAACUCCCUGCCUCAGUCAACCAACCUGUGGUGUUUCAUUAGGUUUUGAGGCUCAUAGUUUCAAAGUUUUGUUUUGGUUCUCUUGACUAAUGCAUCACCCAGAGGUAGCUCUGAUUCCUCUGCAUGCAAGGGGAGGUGUCCUCUCCACUGUAGUACAAGCAUGUUUUUCCUUUCUUUGAAGAAUUUUAUCUUUUCUGGAGCUCUAUAUUGUAAGACUUUUUAACAUCUAAAUAAAUGAAUUACUAUUUGCAGUA